AUGGUGCAGGUGGAUCGUCAAACGUUAUUAUUCUUUAUAAUAAUGUUUAUAUUUUUAUCCUUGCCUAGUGGUCAUGAUCAACCCCACUCAACAAAGGAAAGAGAGACAUUAGUAACGUUUCAACAGCAGUUGUUGGAUGGUCAAGAUGAAUUGGCAUUGUCGAAUUAUACUAGUGGAUAUGGAAAUCUAACUGGAUUCCAUUUAUCUUAUCAAGAUUUACUUGAUGGCAAAACUGAGCAAGAUUGGCCAAUUCAUAAAUAUGGACCUGAUAAUCUCUGGAUAGAAGACGAGAAAGAUUCCUUGUUGCCCAAUAAGGUCAGUAAUAAGGUUAAAGAGUUUUGGGGAAUUGAUAAAGUUGAGAAAGAAGAUGGAGGAAGAGCUUAUUUAUUAAAUAUAUCAGGGAGGGCUAAUGGUGAAUUUGAACAAUUGAAAUUAACCAAAUUACAACUAUUUGAUUUGAAAUUACCUCAAUAUUUAAAGGAUUAUUAUGAUAAAAAUAAAGACAAAGAAAAUGAAAAAGAAAAUAAAGACAAUAAUAAGAAUACAGAUGAUGAUAUAAUAUCUAAGAUCGGAAACAUUACUAAGUCCACUGGGAAGAUAUCAAUCAAUGUUAAAAGUUAUGGUUAUAAUUUCCAAAAUCCAGAAUUUACUAAAUUUAUCGUUAAUAAAACCACAGAUACAGUUGAUGAUGCUAUGGUUGUUCAUUUAAAAUUAAAUUUAAAAGAUUAUGAAGAAAUUGAAGAUCAUGAAUUUGAAACUAAGGGAGUUUAUUUUCAAAAGACAGGAUCAUUAAUCACGAUUACUCGUUCAGCUAAAUUCUUAGGUAAUCAUGGAUUAAGUCAUUUAACUUUGAAUGAAUCAAAUUUCAAUAAAUCAAGAAUCUUAAUGGGUCAAUUAUUAAAUACCAGUGAUAUUCGUCAUGAUUUUUCAAUGGAUGACAUGAAUGGAUAUAUUAUCAAGAGUCAAGAACAAUGUGAAAUGAUUUCAUAUUUCCAAUUUGAAAAGACUGAUUAUAAUUGGGAUCAAUUACGUUUAAUCGAUGAAGAGUUAAUGAAUCCUAAUGGUAAGCCUAUUCCUCAUGAUUUACCUCCUCUUUCUAUCAAAGAUUAUUUAAUCUAUUCACCAGAUUGUGGAAUUGUAUUAACUAAAAAACCAGAUAUACCGUUUGUUGGGUUAAAAGUCGAAGUUUUAAAUAAAAAAUUACGUUAUUUAUUAAUGGGAAUUUUAUUAUUAGUGAUUAUUCAAUUAUUAUUAUUCUUAAGACAAAUUAAACAAGCUAGAACUCCAGGUCAAUUAAGUACUAUAGCAAGUAAGACAUUAUUUAUUAUUGGAUUUCAAGAUUCAUUAAUUGCUUUAAUGUUUUUAUUAAUUUCAACACUAGUAGAGGAUUUAUAUUUAUUAUUAGCCUGUGUUGCAGUGAUAUCAUUUAUAAUGUGCGGUAUCUUUGAAUUAAGAUUUAUGGUUAGUGUAUUAAGUACACAAGUUAAUGAACGUGGAACCACUUGGUGGGAGAUUUUAAGAGGUGGUUCUAGAAAUGAAGGUGAAACUACAACAACCACUACUACCACCACAACUAAUGAUACGGGACCUAUAUUACCAAUCGCAAAUACCCCUGCUCCAGUUACACCUGUUGCUCCCGGACCUACAGUUGCACCAGGAUGGGAAGAAGCAUCAUUUUCAAAUAGUAUAUUUGCGGGAGGAUUUUCAUUAACUAUUAUAGCUACAUUUUUAUUAUUAAAUUCCUUAGUAUGGAGAAUUCAAUAUCGUAGGAUAUUUGAAUAUGUGGGAUUAAUUGGAUUAAAUUCAUAUUGGAUUCCACAAUUUUUAAGAAACACAUUAAAGAAUAAACGGAAAUCAUUUACAUGGGAAUUUAUAUUUGGUACUAGUAUAAUUCGAUUAUUACCAAUUUAUUAUUUUAAUUUAGUUAAAAGUAAUCCAUUAAGACAUCAUUAUGAUCCUAUAUUAGUGAUUAUCAUCACAAUUUGGAUGAUUAUUCAAUUAACGUUAUUAAUAUUACAAUAUCAAUUAGGAGCCAGAUUUUGGGUUAAUGAGAAAUGGUUACCAAAAGCUUAUGAUUAUCAAAGAAUUAUUCAUUUUAAAGAUUUGGAAACUGGAUUUUCAAGUGAAAUUUUGAAUAGUUUAAGUAAUAAUAUUUCCAAUAAUGAUGUUGAAGAAAUUAUUGAAAGUCAAUGUACAUGUCCAAUCUGUAUGAAUGAAAUUACAUUACCGAUUAUAAAUGAUAUGUAUGAUAAAGAUGGAACCAAUGAAAAUGAAUUAAAAAAGAUGAAAAAGGAUUAUAUGAUUACGCCAUGUUAUCAUAUAUUCCAUAGUGAUUGUUUAGAAAAUUGGAUGAAAUAUAAAUUACAAUGUCCAGUAUGUCGGGAGAGUUUACCGCCGAUAUAG